AUGAGCAGGAGCAGCGGCGGCGGCCGCGGGAGACAACAACCCGAGGCCGAAUCUGCGGCCGUGCCCGUCCCGGGGCCCUGCGCCUCGACCCAUCGGGCUCUCGCGGAGUGCCACCGCCGUGCCGCCCGCGGCCCGCUGCAGCCCGAGGUGCUGUGCCGGCACCUCAACCGGGCCCUGGCCGAGUGCGUGGUGAGCAUGUGCUGCCCCGGCGAGACCGACGCCGUGCGCACGCUCUGCGGCAGCUCCGGCACCGCGCUCAAGCGCUCCCAGUGCGAGCGCGCGCGCAUCGACCUCUCCCUCUGCCUCGAGGCCCAUACAUGA